AUGGAAAACCACAAUUCGCCCGCUGGCGCACCCUCAAGCUCGGACCCCAAAGAUCCGGCCUCCUUCCUGUCCUCGAUUAUCGGUGUGCCCGUGACCGUCAAGCUCAACUCGGGCGUGGUCUACAAGGGCGAGCUGCAGAGCGUGGACGGGUACAUGAAUAUUGCCCUGGAGAAGUGCAGUGAAUUCGUGGACGGGAAACUGCGACGCAAGUAUGGGGAUGCUUUCGUUCGAGGGAAUAACGGUAUGUUCUUCUACCCGCUGCUCAAUACUACUGGUGCAGAAGGUGGGAGUUGGAGUUUGUGGAUGAAGGAAAUGGGUGCAGAAGAGAGGUCUUUGAAGAGAAUCUACUGA